UUGUAUAAACAAGAAAUUAGAAAACAAAAUGUUACGCGAAUAUCAAUAACACAAUAGUUGUUUAUAUUACUUUAUAUUUAAUUUCGAUUAUACAGUAUUUAAUAAUAAUCUUUGAUCACACACAAUAAGAACUCAUAGUAUACGAAACAAUACGUCAAACAAGAAGAUGGCAAAAAUCGUAACACUAGUUGCUUUACUUUUACUAUUGGCACGAAGUUUAAUGACGUUACCUUUGGAAGAUGAAAAUUCAGAGAAUGAUGAAAACAUUGAUCGGAAAAUAUCGGAAGAAUCAUAUCGUUUGAGUGGCAAUGCGGUACCGAUAAAUUACAAUAUCAAAUUAAUACCGUAUAUAGAAGAGAAUAAUUUCACUUUUGAUGGAGAAACGAUUACUUUACUUCAUUUGAAAAGUAUGACGAACACAUUGGAUUUUCAUUCUCUCGAAUUAACAUACGACGAGACUGGUGUUUAUUUAGAAAGCAUGGAUGGUGAAAAAUACGUGCCAAUUGAUUUUGUUUAUGUCAAUGAAACAGAAAUCAUGACAAUAAGUUUUGAAAAAGUUAUACCGAAAGGUAUGUACAGGUUUUACACCAAGUUCACGGGUAUUAUCAAUGACCAAUUGACAGGAUUUUACAGAAGUUCUUAUAUAAAUGACUACGGUGACAAAGUAUGGUUAGCAACAACACAAUUUCAACCUACUUAUGCUCGACAAGCAUUUCCAUGUUGGGACGAACCAUCCUUAAAAGCUACCUUUAACGUGUCCAUAAAACAUGAAACGAAUUACACAGCCCUUUCAAAUAUGCCGGUUGCCAUGAGAUCGAUAAUCGAUGAAAAUGAUGGAAAAAUAUGGACACAUUUUGAAAGAACUCCCAUAAUGUCAACGUACACCUUGGCUUUUGUUGUAUCAGAUUUUGUUAAUAUUUCUAACGCCGACGGUACAAUUACCAUUUGGGCAAGAAAUAACAUUCUUUCUUCGAUUACUUUCGCUUACGAAGUUGCCAUUAAAGCUUCUGUUCUUCUUGAAGAAUAUACGAACAGUUCGAUGCGAAUACCAAAAAUGGAUCACGUUGUUAUUCCAGAUUAUAAUCAUGGUGCUAUGGAAAACUGGGGUCUCAUAACAUAUCACGAGAUACUUCUUAUUUACAAUCCAAAUACAUCCACUGUUCACGAUAAAACUAUGACUGCUAUGAUCGUUGUUCACGAAUUGACGCAUCAAUGGUUCGGAAACGUUGUCAGUCCAACUUGGUGGAAUCACAUUUGGUUGAACGAAGGCUUCGCUUCGUUUUUUCAAUUUUAUAUAACUGACAAGAUAUUUCCGAAUUGGAGAUUCAUGGAAAUGUUACCAUUUCAUUUACCAUUAUUUAUUUAUUAUAAUGGCAAUUAUACUUGCGAAAAGCCAAUCAGUCGUAACGUAAGCAGUCCCAAAGAUAUUGAGGAUCUUUUCGAUAGAGAAUUAUACAUGAAAACACCAUCUUUAUUAAAUAUGUUACGCCAUAUCGUUACUGAAGAAGUUUUUCAUACGAGUCUUAUUAAUUAUCUAGAAAAAAAUAAAUACGGCAACGCAUUACCCGACGAUUUAUUUCAGGAAAUUCAAAAUGGUGUAGACAAUACUCCAGAAAUAUCACGAGGUGGUAUUUUUACAGUUAAAGAAGUAAUGGAAACUUGGAUAUAUCAAGGAAAUUAUCCUCUAGUGACAGUAGAGAGAAAUUACGUUACUGGCGAGGCAACGAUUACUCAAGAAAUUGCUCAAAAUUGUAUCGAUGACAAUAACACAGUAUCAAUUGAUAAAUGUGAUUUAAAUAUUUGCAAGGAUAAAUGGUGGAUACCAAUAAAUUAUGCGACAAAAACAAAUCAAAAUUUUUUGUCAACUCUACCAGUUUAUUGGUUGAGUCCUAACAACGAUAGCAUUAUUAUUAAUGGUAUUGAUAAAGAUGAUUGGAUAAUAAUUAACGUGCAACAAACUGGACAUUAUCAAGUUAAUUACGAUGAGGAUAAUUGGAUAAAGUUGACAAAGUAUUUAAAUUCACCUAAUUACAAAAAGAUACACGUUCUUAAUCGAGCACAAAUCAUUCAAGAUUCUUACAGCAUGCUUGUUAAAGAUAGAAUGAAUUUAACAAUAUUUUUAGAUUUGUUUAAUUAUUUAUCACGUGAAGUUGAUUAUAUCGUAUGGCGUUCAGUAUUUCAAAUAUUUGAUUAUAAGUUACAUAUUUUUCUAGAAAUCACAGAAGGUGAUAAGCUUAUUAAGCCGUAUCUUCUUAAUUUGACAAAUAAUUUCAUCAAUAGCGUUGGUUUUGAUUUUGAUCCUGAUGAUGAUUACACAACUCAAUUGACAAAGACAAAAGUUAGAGACUUGGCUUGUAAACUUAAUCAUCCCAAAUGCAUAAUGGCUGCCAAUACUAAAAUAAUCGAAUUUUUCGAAUUUUCUAAUAAAAAUCAAUAUCCAAAAGAUCUGCAAGAAUGGGCUUAUCUCUAUGGAUCAAAUAGUCUCAACGAAUCUAUGUGGAAUGAGAUAUGGGAUUUAAAGAAUAAUAAUGUAUCAGAGAUCGUUGAAUUUUUGAUGCAUGUUAAAAAUGAAACUGCCAUUGAAAAAUAUUUGAAUAUGACUAUAGCUGAAAAUUCAACAUUUACAAAAGAAAACUGCAAGGAAAUUUACGAAGCUUUAUAUUACGGUGGACUUGAAAAGAUAAAUGUGACUACAAAUUUCAUUUUUAAAAAUUGGGAUAUAAUUAAGUCACGUGAAAAUUUACGAUUGGGAUUGUCCAAAUAUAUGAUAGUCACAGCUACGAAUAAGAAUAAGUUAGAAGAGAUAAAAUUGCAUUUAAAAGAUCUCGAUGAAGAUGAAGAUAUUACGAUGCGCAUAAAGGAAAGAGAAAAAUCUUUAACGCAGUAUGAACAAAUGUUGAAUAUUUUUAAUGAAUGGCUUCAUACAAAAGAAUUAAUAAUUAAAAACGAUAACUUUAUUAUUAUCAUGUUAAGAAAGUUAUUAAACUUACUAUUCGUACUUGUUACCAUCGAAGCGUUUUCCUUUCAAUCGGCAAACCACAAAAAUGUUGGAAACGAAAGUGAUACGAUUGUUUAUCGAUUAUCGACAAACGUUGUACCGAUUCAUUACGAUUUACAAUUGGAAACUGAUAUCGUGAUGCCUGAUUCUAAUUGUACCGGUGUACUAGACAUUAAAAUCGAGGUUUGUGAACCAACGAAAUUAAUCGAAUUAAAUUGGAAUAAUAUUGAUAUAAAUGAAACGCAAAGUUAUUUAAAAAAUGACAACAACGGGGAAUCGUAUUCACCUAAGGAACAUCGUUACGAUUUACAUAGAGAAAUGUUAAUACUCGUUUUUGACAAUAUCAUCGAAUUAGCAACUUACAAUUUACAUUUGGAAUUUUCAAGUGUAUUUUCAACGAAUUUACGUGGUUUUUAUCGUAACUCAUACACCAACGAGAACGGUGAUAGAACGUGGCUUGCUGUAACUCACUUUCAACCAAUCAGCGCUCGUCGUACCUUUCCGUGUUGGGAUGAGCCAGCGUUUAAAGCAACAUUUAACAUUUCCUUAAAACACUGUGCCAAUUUUACGGCAUUGUCAAAUAUGCCAGCGUACGAAAGAUCGUUCACUGAUGAAAACGAGGAUGAAGUAUGGACUCGUUUUGAAAAGACACCGAUCAUGGCAACUAAUAUCUUGGCUUUUGUAAUCACCGAUUUCGAACAUAUUUCUUUACCAGAGAGAAACAUUACAAUUUGGGCUAGAAAAUCAGUCAUUCCUUUAUUACAAUUUUCUCUCGAAAUCAUUCCAAAAGUAGAAGACGAAUUGAAGAAAUACAUGGGGACUGGUGUAAUUGUACCAAAAAUUGAUCACGUUGCUGUACCUGAUUAUUCUAGCGGUGCUACGGAAAAUUGGGGCCUUAUCACAUACAAAGAAAAAUUAGUGGUUUACAACGAAAAUGAAACUACCAUGGAUGAAAUGGAUAGAAUCGUGAUGUUAAUUGCUCAUGAAAUGACACACCAAUGGUUUGGUAAUCUGGUUGGUCCAAGUUGGUGGGAAUACAUGUGGAUGAGCGAGGGUUUUGCUGCUUACUUUCAAUUUUACAUAACUGAUAAGCUAUUUCAUGAAAAACGAAUAAUGGAUAAAUUCAUCUUGGAUGUUAUGCAAAUUGCUUUCAAAAUGGAUAACUGUCAGGAUCAAUUUCCGAUGAAUAAAAUUGUUAAUAGCCCUUCAGAUAUUCCUACAAUUUAUUCUUUCAUUACUUAUCGUAAAGCUGCCAUCGUUUUACGAAUGUUGUCCCAUUGUAUCACCGAUGAAAUCUUUCGUGCCGGUCUUAUCAAAUAUAUUUAUGAAAAUAAAUAUAAGACCGUUACACCAGAUGAUUUAUGGCGAUCCUUGCAAGUUGUUCUGAACGAGUCAAAUGUGAAACACAAAGAUAUCGAUAUAAAAUCAAUGAUGGAUACUUGGACGAAACAAGAAGGACAUCCUAGGAUUAUCGUGGAUCGAGAUUACAAUAAUGGGACUAUACAAGUACGACAAUAUGGUGCUACGUUAAAGGAACAACAACUUAAUCAAGCGUGUAAUAAUAAAUGGUGGAUACCUUUGAACUUUGCUACCCAAGAUAAUCCUGAUUUUUCAUCGACUUUACCCACACAUUGGUUGAGUCCAUCGGAGAGUACGAAAACGAUAGAAGGUUUUCCUAAAGAUGGUUGGAUCAUCGUUAAUAUUCAACAAACUGGAUAUUAUCGCGUGCAUUAUGAUGAAGAAAAUUGGAAGAGAAUAGCACGUUAUUUAAAUUCCGAUGAUUACAAAAAUAUACACGUUUUAAAUCGUGUUCAAAUAAUCGACGAUGCUUUGAACAGUUUAAAAGAAGAAGAUAUAUCUGGUACUACAUUUGGAAUGAUAUUAAAUUAUAUAUCGCGAGAAACUGAUCCUUUAGUAUGGAAAUUUUUAUAUCGAUUAUAUUUAGGAUUUAAUUAUUUGAAAGAGUAUCAAAUUAAGGUUGUAAUGAAGCCUUAUAUAAGACAGCUUCUUAAUAAUAAAUUAAAAGAUAUGGACUAUGAAGAUAAUCUGGAAGAUGAUUCUUGGACUAAGAGAAUGAAACUGAUCAUCAAAGAAAUUGCUUGUAUGGUUGAUGUUCCUGAAUGUUUAGAAAAUGCAACAGCACAAUUAAUCGAUUAUCUUGAAAAUCCGGAAUCGAUAACGAUAUUACCAGAUUCGCAAGAUUGGGUAUUUUGUUACGGAUUACAAAAUGCAAACGAGACUGUAUGGAAUAUUGUUCUAAAUUAUUACAUUAUGAAACAGGACAAAAUAUUUUUAAAUUAUCUAUCGUGUUCGUACAAUCGAACAAUUCUAGAAAAUUACUUGAAUAUAACCUUAUCCGAAGAUUCUCCAAUUUCUAAAGAAGAUAUUGAUACUGUAUUAGAACAAAUGGUGCUUACAUCUCAAAUUAGCAUUGACGUACUCAUAGAUUUUAUUAAUCAAAAUUUGAAUCAACCAAUUUCAAAAAAUGAUAGAAUAGAUGAUAUUCUUAAUUUCAUUUUAUAUCGAAUAACUACGAGAGAACAACUAAAAAAGAUGAUAGACAUACUUUCAUCUAAAGAAAAACCAUUAAACCAAAUGAUACUUCAUUUUGAGGCGAUUCAAGAAGAAAUCGACAAAUAUAUGCCGCUACUUUUAGAUAUCGUCAAUGCUACUAUAAUCGAUUAAUGCAAAAAUAAUAAUGCAAAUUUAAUUAAUAAAU